UAUCAGGGGUGUGCAGGUGCAGGGUGUGGAUGUGUUUAUUUGUAACUGCCGUGAAACUAUCAGAAAAUGUUUUCUUCCUCUCAUUCACCCACUUUCAGGCUACCACUGCUACCAAAGAAAAAGAAAAAAAAAUUGGUUAGAAUUAUCAUCCGCUUAUAGUGAUUAAUUUGAACUUGUCUUUAAACUGACAGAGUGAUGGCACAGCAGCGGUAACUUCUUUAAAAGGACCAGUCAGCAUCUGACGGUAAUUAAUGUUCUGUGUUCUGCGAUACAUCUACACCAUUGACUUUAUAUAAAGAGGUCAGCUGUUACACACAGAGUCUACCUUCAGAUGCUGCAGCAAGAAUUUCACCGAGGAAAGAAAAGCAGAAAAGACACAAACUGACAUCAAUGACUGAAAAUUCAACAUCAUCAGAUGAUGAUGAUUUAAAUGUCCAGGAGGUCAGCAGGAGAAGCCCUGAUCUCGUGCGUCCUGACUUCUCUGCACUGAGGAUUGUGCUGCUGGGGAAGACUGGCAGUGGAAAGAGCUCUUCAGGAAACAUCAUUCUGGGGAGAAGAGAGUUUAAAGUCAAAUCAAGUCAAACAUCAGUCACCAAAGAGUGUCAGAAAGCACAGAGUAAAGUAGACGGUCAUCCUGUCGUUGUGGUCGACACUCCUGGUCUGUUUGACUCCAACUUGUCCCAUGAAGAGGUUAAUGAGGAGAUGAUGAAAUGCAUCAGUCUUCUGGCUCCAGGACCACAUGUCUUCCUGUUGGUGUUACAGAUUGGCAGAAUCACACCAGAAGAGAAGGAGACAUUAAAACUCAUCAAGAAAGUCUUUGGGAAGAAUUCAGAAAAAUUGAUCAUCAUUCUUUUAACUGGAGGAGACAAACUAAAGCGUGAGAAGAAGUCCAUUGAAGAUUACAUAGGGGCUAAAUGUAAUGAUUCCUUAAUGAAGCUGAUUAUUGGCUGUGGAGGAAGAUACCAUGUGUUUGAUAACUGUGAUAAACAAAACCGCACACAAGUCAGUGAACUGAUAAACAAGAUUGACUCCAUGGUGAAGAAAAAUGGCGGCAGCUGCUUCACCAAUGAGAUACUGCAAGAGGCCGAGGCAGCAAUAAAGAAGGAAGUGGAGAAGAUCCUGAAGGAGAAGGAAGAAGAGAUGAAGAGAGAGAGGGAGGAGUUUGAAAGAAUACAUGAAGAAGAAAUGGAGGCAAUGAAAAGACGAAUAGAACAGCAGAGAGCAGAAAUUGAACAGGAGAGAAAACUGAGAGACAAACAACUUCAGAAGAAGGAGGAAAAGAUUCAGAGAGAGCAGAAGAGAUGA